CAACCGCCGCCCCACAACGGCGCAACCGGCUCACGGCCAACGGCCGCCCUCCCGCCCCGCCCGCGCGUUGCCCUGGAGACGGUUGCCGCGGCGCCGGCGGCCGUUAGGGCUCCCUCAGCGAGUCGCCCGGCCCCGCCGCGCUACGGACGGACCCCGCCAUGCUGCCCGCACGACAGACGGAGAUGGCGGCGGCCCCCGCCGUCCCCUACAGCUACUGCAGCCGACCCCGCGCCCUGCCCGCCCGCCCGAAGUACCGAGCGCCGCCGGACGCCGCCGAGCCAGAGAAGGAACCCGUUCGGUACGCCAACCUGAUGUAUGACAGGAGAGUGGUGCGCGGCAACACUUACGCCCUUCAAGUCGUACCCGUGAGUACCCAACCCAGUCCCCUUGAGAUUCAAAGGCAGAGGGAAGCACGGAAAAAAGCACUGGCUAGAAAGCGCGCAAAAGAGCAAAUGCAACCAAGAACACCUGAGCCUGUGGAAGGCAGAGAGCAUAUUCAUGUGCAGACAGAGCUGUAUUUGGAAGAGAUUAGUGACCGGAUAAUAGAGGUUGAUACAGAGUGUCAAACAGAUGCAUUUUUGGACAGACCAGCCACUCCGCUCUUCAUACCAGCCAAAACAGGAAAAGAUGUGGCCACGCAAAUAGAAGAAGGAGAGUUGUUUGACUUUGACAUUGAAGUCAAGCCGAUCCUGGAAGUGUUGAUUGGGAAAACAGUUGAGCAAGCUUUGCUGGAAGUCAUGGAAGAAGAAGAGCUGGCCCACCUGCGGGCACGUCAGCGUGCCUAUGCAGAGCUGCGUAAUGCAGAGCUUGCUGAAGCACAGCGCCUGGAAGAGCAGGACAGGCGAUACAGAGAGGAAAAGGAACGUCGCAAACGCCAGCACAUGCAAAUGCUGCAGAAACAGAAAGAGACCACAGAGAAAAUUGCAGCCCGGGCAUUUUCUCAGCAUUACCUGGCUGAUCUCGUUCCCUCGGUCUUCAACAAUCUUCGUGACAGUGGUUUUUUUUAUGACCCUGUAGAAAGAGAUAUUGAGACAGAAUUCCUUCCAUGGCUGAUGACAGAAGUGGAAGAAACACUGGAGAGGAAGGUUCUGGGGAGGACAGUGCUUGACUCCUUGAUCUGUACAGUGGUUGAAAAACGCUUAGAUGCAUUUAGCCAUAAAUCUCUGCCUAAUCAGACAGAGGCACCUGCUGAAGAGCCCAGGCCAACAGAUGCAGCACCCCAGGUGGCUGGUGAGACAGACACUGCUGACCAACUGGUCACAGAGAAUGAAGAGACUGACCACUCUGCUGAGGAGCAGCCUUCACGUCACAUCUCUUCCCAGUUAGAAGAAUCGGAUCAAGCAGGAACAGAGGAUUUGGAAACUGAGUGACAAACUGGCAAGUCAUCAAGUAAAUGGAGGUGAACGGCUUACCUGAAACAAGAAACAAAUUCCUAUCUAUUUACAAGUAUUGUGCCCUAGCUAUGCUGAAGGAUGAGCCUAAGCAACAGCAGAGCAUUAAAGCGUGUUUUCCAUAUGCUGAUAUUGCUGAUCUCAGGCUGUAAGAAGCAAGACAGAAGUUACUAGUGCAAUGAAUGGCAGUGAAAUUCUACCCCCUUCUACAGUCCAAUCCAUCAAAAACCUGGGAUGUUUACAGUUGAAAAGUAAUGCUGUCCCACACCCCACACUAGAUGGUCAUGAGAAGGACAUUGAGAGCAUCCUAAUAACCUUUGCAAGUUGCUUUGAUAAUGUUCUCAGAACAGAAUUUCCUUACUUUCCCUAUUUUGAAAUGUAACUGCUAUGGCACUUAGAUAAAUUUCUUUUCACUCAUGUUAGCCUCUCCUUUCCUGACAAAUUUGGAUGGACAUCUCAGCAGGUAAUAGAGCAAAGGCUGUUGUUGCUGAAGCUCUUCAGGUUCAAAGAGUUAUCUGCCACUGGGAAUUUCUGUCCAGUGCAAAAUCCUCUUCAGCCUCCUGACUCCCAGAGCACUGGUGAGGGGCUGGAGCCAUGUGCUAAGUCCAGCCUCAUGUUUUUUUUUGUAAUUGUCCUUUCCUGCUGGUUCACUAGAAAUGGUGCCAGACAUGACUGACAAAAUGCGCCUGCACUGCCACACAUAUCUGUCUGUUCACAGGCCAACUCCACAAGUGGGACAUUCCCCCUCAUAAAAGCUCAUCUGCGCUCCAUUGCAGCAAUAUCGUUUCCUUGCUAGCUGUGCCUGUGGAAAAAGUCCUGCCUUGUCCAGACUCCUCUUCUUCCAGUGCUCCCUCUUCUCUGCAGUUCAGAGGAGAUGUGUGCUAACCCAGCAGGCCAGAUCCCAGUCUGAGAAUGGGAUGUCAGGAAUGACACCUGAAGAGAUAAGUACCAUCUCUGCAUCUCAUACCCUCAAAAGGCACGUCCAGACUUUUCACUGGACCACUUGUGGCCUCACAGGCAGACCCUGCCUUCCCUCCAUGCUGGGCUAGGACAUCCAGUGAUAAUCAGGGCAGCUGUUGGUUACAUGGAAGAGCUCCCUUGGAAGGUGUCAGUUAUUCACCUCUCUCUGUAGGUAGCUGAAAAUCAGAAGUAAUGAGAUGUAACCACCAACAAAUCCACUCAGUGUUUUGAUGCAAUAUGACUGUGUUAAAACUGAGUGUCUGGAGUCACACAGUACAGAGUGUAGAUAGACAUACCCAUGGAUGCUUUUCAAAGCUGGAAUAUUCCCCUGUAAACUCCUCCUCUGUUUGCUGAGUUGACAGUAUUUCAACAAAGCGUGCUUGUGUUUUCGUUUUUGUUUGAUUCCUUAAGGCAUCCAGCAAAAUGUGUUACAAAUAUGAAAUUAAGGUAGUUGGUGCUUGCUACAUCUAUCUAUAAGUUUCUAAGAAGAAUUUAUUUUUAUGCGUAUGACUAGAAUUGAAGGCUUGAAAUGAAACUCUGGUUUAGGCAUUGGAGUCAGUGGGAGGUUUAACCUCAGUCUCAGUAGGAUCAAGAUUUUGCAUUGGUUUUUUUCCCGUGAUGCUGGAGACUCCUGUUGUGACUUAGGUAAAUCAGGUAAAUCACUUCAGGCUAACUUUAUCUAGAGAAACAAAAAGGCUUUGU